AUGGAGAGAGUGAAGUCGUUGAUAACAGAAUCGGUUAUUCAAGAAUAUCAAGACAAUGGUGCAGUGUGCAUUCGACAAUUACUGAAUCAUGAUGAAAUCGAACUACUUCGACAAGGUGUCGAACAGAAUCUUCGUCAUCCGUCCGCACGAUUCAAAAUCGCCAGUCGCGAUGAUGACACAGGAAAAUUCGUCGAGGAUUUUUGUACUUGGCAAGACAAUCCUGAUUAUAAGCGAUUCAUUUACCAAUCACCAUGUGCACAAGUCGCUGGCCUAUUAAUGAAGAGUAGCACCAGUCGUUUGUAUCACGAUCAUUUGCUUGUCAAAGAAGCAAAUACGAAACAAAUAACACCAUGGCACCAAGAUCAACCGUAUUACAAUAUCGACGGUUUUCAAACGUGUAGUUUCUGGAUUCCUAUCGAUCCAGUAUCGCGUUCGUCGACACUCGAAUUCAUUUCCGGUUCGCAUCGAAAUAGCCGAUGGCUUAUGCCGAGAACGUUCAUGAACAUGGAAGCGAAAUGGUUUCCUGAAGGCACACUGGAUGAAAUUCCAAAUAUUGAUGAAGAUCGUCAAGCAUAUCCAAUAAUCGGCUGGGAUAUUCAACCGGGCGAUGUCGUGGCAUUUCAUAUGCUAACUUUGCAUGGUGCUCGUGGAACGAUUGGAAAUGAAAAUCGACGUCGUGUUUUUUCUGUCCGUUUUCUAGGCGACGAUGUUACUCAUGCACCAAGAACAUGGGUAACAUCACCGGAUUUUUCGGAUAUUAAAGAUGAGAUACCUGCUGGUGGUCCGAUGGAUCAUUCACGUUUUCCGAUCAUUUGGAAAGCUUAA